AAAAGCGAUAUAUGUAUAAACAAAACGAGAUAUAUCGAAUCUGUAUAUAUCGAACCGCACGGCGCGAUUCACAUUCAGUACACUGUGUUUGUUUCUUUCUUCAGGGAUAAGUAAGCGUUUGUUAAAAAAAAAAAAAAAGAAAAUGAGUGGAGACAAAAAGCUUACACCGCCACCGGUUCAGUGGGCACAAAAAAAAAACCAACUCUUAAUCACAUUUGGUUUGGAAGACUGCAAAGACCCGACAUUAAAUAUUGAUGCGGAAAAAAUUUACUUCAAAGGUGUCGGUGGAACUGAUCAAAAAGAACAUGAGGUUACUAUUAAUUUAUACAAAGAAAUCGACCCGGAGAAGACAACUAAAAAUGCUAGAGGAAGAAAUAUUGAAAUUAUAUUAAUGAAAAAAGAAGAGGGCCCCUACUGGCCACGACUCACCAAGGAAAAUAGCAAAUUCCAUUGGUUGAAAAUUGACUUCAACAAGUGGAGAGACGAGGAUGACUCUGACGGCAGUGCCAGCGAUGAUGGUGUCCGAGGUGGAGGAGGAGGAGACUUAGAAAGUGUAAUGCGUAACAUGGGAUACCUGUCCGGCAAUGGAGACAUGAAACCAAAUUUGGAUGACUUACCGGACACGGUUGAUGACGAAGAGGUAGCUGAUGAUAGUGAUGCGGAGGAACUUCCUGAUCUUGAGUGAAAAUAUUUAAAAGACCAAAAAGUAAAAACGUUUUUAAAUAAAAAAUAAAAAUAACAAAAAAAAA